CGGGAGCCCUGGUGGAACGUGGACGGACCCCCCCCCGGGCCAGCCGUGACCAUCAAGAACAGGCAGGAUUGCUGCUGGCAGCGCCUGCGGGGGGCCCAGGUCCACGUGGGGGACGCGCCGGGCGAGCGGGGCCGGGACAACCCCAUCUGUGGGGUGGUGACGGACGCGGGUCCCGGGUCGCUCAGCACCAUCUGCUGCCAGGGCUUGGUGGGACGUUACGUGUCCGUGCUGAUCCCCGGGCGGGAGGACGUUCUGGUGCUGUGCGAGGUGGAGGUGGCACUUCAGGGAUGCUUCCCAUUGCCCGGAGCCCCCAACGCGGCGCUGGGUCGCGCCGUGGCCCAAUCGUCCACCCUGGACUCCAGCAGCUUGGCUGCCAACGCCGUGGACGGGAACGACGACCCCGACUGGGGACACGGGUCCUGUUCCCACACUGGGAAGGAGCUGGAACCCUGGUGGAGGGUGGACCUGGGAGGCCGACACGCCGUCUACGCCGUCACCGUCACCACCAGCAGUGACUGCUGCUGGAAGAGCCUCCUGGGUGCCCAGGUCCACGUUGGGGAUUCCUUGGCUGACCACGGCAAACGCAACCCCGUCUGUGGUGCCAUUUUGGACACCGGUCCCGGCUCCACCACCACCAUCUGCUGCAACGGGCUGCCGGGUCGUUACGUGUCCAUCCUCAUCCCCGGCCGGGAGGAGUUCCUCACCCUCUGCGAGGUGCAGAACUUGGCCCUGCGGCGCCCGGCGUCACAAUCCUCCACCUCGGGACGUUCCGGCGACGCCAUCAACGCCGUGGAUGGGAACAGGGAUGGGAAUUGGCUGCACGGCUCCUGUUCCCAGACGGAGCUGGAACGGGAGCCCUGCUGUGGGACCAUCACGGACACGGGCCCCGGCUCCACCAGCACCAUCUGCUGCCGGGGGCAGCGCGGGCGCUACUUGACCCUGUGGGUGCCGGGGCGGCAGGAGCAGCUGAGCCUCUGCCAGGGGGAGGUGGUGGAACUGGGCUGCUCGGCACCCCACGGGG